AUGCUUCUUGCUUUCCCGGAUGGAGUAUGCUGUGUGUAUCAUCUGCAACACAACCCACCCGACAAACUUGCGUCCAUAGCUUCCUUCACGUUGGCUCAGGCUGCCCACACGCCUUGCUUUUUGCCUUGCCCACAACUGGCAUGUGGCUCUCAGAAAGCUGCCCAUGAGGCCCUUGAGGUUGGGGGUUGGGAGAGUUCCCUGACAUUAAAAAACACAACCCGAUUCAGUAUUAGGAUUCGGAGUAAAAAUCAGGCCAGCUCGUGUUUGUUCUGGAUCUGGAAGGGGGCAGGAAUUCGGUUCGAUUAUACUCCAGCUAGGAUUCUGACCCCUUUAAUUCCAGGCGGUGGGGCUUGA